GACACAAUAAUACGAUGAUAAUACUGAAGCCUGAAAGGUGCAAGAUAGGGUUGCUGCAGCCGUCUGUGUGUCCGUCCAUUCAUCUCUCUUCCACUUCCCCACCCAACACAAGAAAGUCUCUACAUUUACCCCAAGUGAAGGCUUUCUCGUACGCAUAUCCUUGAUUUCUCCACUUCUUUAACAUCAAAAUCAAAUCUUUAUGCUUAUAACACACUCCCAGAUCCCCUUUUUCCCAAUUGUUUGAUUAUCCUCUUUCAGCAAUUUAAAGUUUUGAUUUUUAAUCAGAUCUCAUCAAAUUCUGGGAAAAUCCUUUAUAGUUUUGAUUCAUUGUUCCAGACAGUUUUGGUUGGAGGCCUCUUUUAUGCUUAAUCGAAAUACCUUUUCAGUGUUCAAGGCAAAGUCUUUAAUUGUUGGACUCAUGGUAGUGAAUUAUCAGCCCCUCUAGUUUUCUAGAUAUGGGAUUGGAACAUUUGGUGAAUUGCCGUAUCUACUGAGAUGUACAAUAAUCUGGACUUUCUGGCUAUUAUUGCUGCUACUAAAUUUCAACUUCUGUAGAGAUAGAUAAAAGAGAAGUAAAGAAGGUUUUGCAGCUGAUAGACAAGAAGAGAAAAAAAAACUAAUAUAGAUUCGUGGAAGUGCAAGACUUGUAUGUCCAACCCUGGAUUUGAGAGCAACAAUAAUUCUUUUGGGGGUAAUUACAUACAAGCACACACAUCUUGUUUUAGACAAGAUUCCAACCCCCCAUUUCCGAUAAAUUGGGCAAGGGUGAUACUAUCUGACCAAGAGGUUUUGGAUUCUAGGAGAGUUUCCUGUUCUGUAGUUGAACCAGACUACUGUUGGAUUGAUGACAACCGGGUUGUUCAAGUGAACGUGCAGUCGGAGAGGGAUUGUAGAAUUUGUCAACUCAGUGUUGAGAUGGAUGCUGCUCACCAGGAGAAUGGCAUUGCCAUUGAAUUAGGUUGUUCGUGCAAGGAUGAUCUGGCUGCUGCUCAUAAGCAUUGUGCCGAGGCUUGGUUCAAGAUCAAGGGGAAUAAUGAAAUAUGCAAUUCAAUCGCACGAAAUGGUAAUUUGGAUGCAUAUAUGAUGUAUAGAUCAAACGAUAUCAGGCUUUAUUUACUAUACUGGCUAUGGCUAUGGUAGAAGAAAAAUCCCCUCGGUGUAGUCGUCGGGGUGAUCCAUUAUAGAUCGCUGAUGGGAGACAGCUACAUGGAAUUCUUCCAGUUUACGAAUCGGUACAAGCUGAUGAUUAUGAGCAGCAGAAGGGAUUGGUCUUCUCGGUGGUCUGCAUACAGUUUUUGAACCUCUGAGAAUUGCUGCUACACUGGGAGUGCUUGGAUCAGUGAUAUUCCUGGCCAAGAGUACCCCUGAUAGUAUAUGACAGUAUCAGAAAACAAGCAAUGCCUCACAAUGGUUUUAUUGUUUAUAUACAGGGGAAUUAAAUGUCAAUGAUCGUUAUUAAAGGUUGUCUUGUACCUGGAUAAUCCCAGCUACAACCUCGUACUCUAGGUUUUGCGCGAAACACUGUUCGCUUAUUCAGUGGAACUGCCCAGAGAGUAGAGUUGAUGAAAUAAAUAUUCAUUAUCCAGGAUGUUACAAAGAUCGAAGAGAUACCAUGAUAGAGAGAAAGUAAAGAUAUACAGUGUAUUCAAGUAAAGAAUUUGCAUUAUAACUUUCGCUGAUUAUUCAAGUAAAGAUAUACAAUGUUACCCUUUUCUGUGA